AUGUCUGAGUUCCCGCCACCUGCGUUGAGAGAAGCAGCCGAGGAAGUGGCGGCGAUUCUCCGAGAGCGCAAGGAGACCAUAUCCGUGGCCGAGACAGCUGCAGGCGGCCUGGUCUCAGCAGCGUUGCUGGCCACGCCCGGAGCAUCAAAAAUCUACAAAGGCGGGUUGACGCUGUACACUCUAGAGUCUCGCAUCGCCUUUGCAGGUUGGACCCAGGCUGAUCUCGACACUUACGACGGGCCCACCCCGAAACUAGUCGCUGGUCUUGCAAAGCAUGUCCGUGAGACGUUGAAGUCCACUUACACCGUAGGAGAGGCACGUUCUUUCCCUUCCUCAAUCCUGCGGCGGGCCUCGAGCUAA